AUGGAGGUGGCAGAGGAAGCCUUGUUGUGCUUCCCGCUGCUUGCCAACACGUCAUGCAGGAAGAUGCAUCGUCCUCCCUCAGCAGCCGCUCUCACUUACAUGCUGCUGUCGGCUAUCUCGCUGAUCACCUUCAUUCUGAACCUGCUGGUCAUCAUCGCCAUCUCUCAUUUCAAGCAACUGCACACUCCCACCAACCUGCUACUCCUUUCGCUGGCCACCUCUGAUUUCCUGGUGGGCUUCCUGAUGUUGUUUCAGAUUUUUCUCCUUGACGGUUGUUGGUUUUUUGGUGAUUUGAUGUGUGUUGUUUAUUAUAUUCUCGAUUACUGGAUAACGUCUGUCUCAAUAGGAAGUAUGGUGCUCAUAUCAAUCGACCGCUAUGUUGCUAUCUGUGACUCUCUGCAUUACCACAUCAAAGUCUCUCAAACAAGAGUUAAAAUCAGUGUUUUUCUAUGUUGGUUUGUUUCAUUAAUUUUUCACUGUAUUUGUUUCAUUAACAUUCUGAAGCAACCAGGCAGGUACAACACCUGUGUAGGUGAAUGUGUGAUUGUGGUUACGUACGCCGUUGGAAUGACAGACCUUUUUUUCUCCUUCAUUGGCCCGCUUGCUGUCAUUAUGGUUCUAUAUAUGAGAGUGUUUGUAGUGGCAGUGUCUCAGGUGCGUGCCAUGCGUUCCCGUGUGGGUAUCCUCAUAUUGCGGGGCACAACUGUCAAGAGUUCUGAGCUGAAGGCAGCCAGGACCCUUGGGGUGGUGGUGGUGGUGUUUAUCAUGUGCAUCAUGCCAUAUUUUUGCAUCGCCAUCUCGGGCCAGGAUGUUCUGCUCAAUGCAUCAUCUGCAGCCUUUAUCAUCUGCCUGUUCUACUUCAACUCCUGUCUGAAUCCGCUAAUCUAUGCUAUUUUCUAUCCCUGGUUCAGAAGGUCCAUUAAGAUCAUUGUUACACUGAAGAUUCUAAAGCCUGACUCCAGCCAAGCCAAAAUAAUGUAG